CUUGUAGUGCAGUCACAGUAAAAAUCCAACCGAACCGAACCGAACCAGUCCACUACCUCCCAACUCUCUCUCACUCGCCCAAUUUCUCUCUCUCCCUCCCUCACAUCAAAAACCAAACACACACUACCACCUGAGACAGUUGGUGGAUCCUUUAGGUACUUAACACAAAAGUUUACAAACGAGAGGAUGUUCCUGCGGGCGAUCGCACGGCCAUUAUUGGCGAAGGUGAAAGAGACGACUGGGAUCGUGGGCCUGGAGGUGGUUCCGAACGCGCGGGAGGUUCUGAUCGAUUUGUACACCAAGACUCUGAAGGAGAUCAAGGCGGUGCCGGAGGACGAGGGUUACAGAAAAGCCGUGGAGAGCUUCACCAGCCACAGGCUCAAGGUUUGCCAGGAAGAGAAGGACUGGGAGCUCAUCGAGAGGAAGCUCGGUUGUGGCCAGGUCGAGGAGCUCAUCGAGGAGGCUCAAGAUGAACUCACUCUCAUUGGCAAGAUGAUCGAGUGGGAUCCAUGGGGUGUUCCUGAUGACUAUGAAUGUGAGAUCAUCGAGAAUAAUGCUCCAGUUCCUAAGCAUGUCCCUCUGCACCGACCUGGUCCUCUUCCAGAGGAGUUCUACAAGACGCUUGAUGCUGUUACUUCACAACCAAAAGCUGCCGUCACCUCCGGUGAUGCGAAGUUAAAGGAGUGAUAUGCUGCUGGCAUGUGUUUUGGUGAAUUUGGAUUCCAGAGCUGCAUCUGUCUUUUUCUGUGUUUUCCUGAUUCUGUGCUCAUAGAGUGGAACUGUUUGUUAGAUUGAAUAGAGUUAAUUUAUGGUACAAAGGUUUUGUAUCCUAAUAAUCUGUACUUGAAUUGAAGUAUAAGAGCAUCUGUUAUUUCUCUCAUCGUUCUUGCAUCUGUGGAAAUAAAACUAGUUAUGUUAAAGUA